UAUUUUUUAAUCUGCAAUCUUGAUUAUUCUAAUUUGGCUUACCUAUAUAUAUAUAUAUAGAGAGAGAGAGAGAGAGGGAGGGACGGAAAAAUUGACGAAGACAAAAACCAUAUAGAAAGACUAUAUAUAUAUAUAUAUAUAAUCAAGGUCUAGAGAGAGAGAAACAAACUGGUAACCUGGGUCGUGAAUUUUGACAACCUAGAUAACAAAAAGGUUUUUAGAGGGAGAAAAAGAAGAAAAAAGAGGAAGAAGGUAUUAAUGGAUGAGAGAAAAAUAGUGGUAGUAGUUGAAGACGUGGAAGCAGCAAGAACAGCUCUCCAAUGGGCACUCCACAACCUCGUUCGCUAUGGCGAUUUGAUAACACUUCUCCAUGUUUUCCCAACCACAAGAUCCAAAAGCAAGAAAAAAACUCGAUUGCUUCGUUUGAAGGGCUUCCAAUUGGCUCUUUCUUUCAAGGACAUCUGCAAUGGCUUCCCCAACACAAAAGUUGAGAUCAUUGUUACCGAGGGUGAUGAAGAGGGGAAGAAGAUUUCAUCCAUGGUGAAAGAAAUUGGGGCUUCAGCGCUUGUUGUGGGUCUACAUGAUCAUAGCUUUCUUUACAAGUUGGCAAUGGCCCACAACAAUAUAUCAAACAGCUUCAAUUGCAGAGUUCUGGCCGUCAAGCAACCACCUUCCUCUCCUUCAGGGACAAGGACCCAUGCGGUAUCAGUACUAGACGGUUCAACAAACAUGGACUUUUCCCAAAUUGAGAUUGCUGGAUUACAUCUUCCUGAUCUUCCCCCACCAAAAAUUCCAUAUAGAAUCUGUCCAAGUCCUUCUGCAAUCAUUUGGAGAUCGAGAAAGUCUAGGAGAAAGUGAUGAAGUUGUCAAAAGGAAGCUCUCAAUUAUAUCUCAAAUGUUCAGAAUCAGCUGAUUGACCCAAUUUUGUCCUGGACAAACUUGACGAUUCAAGGGUCUUGUUUGAACUCACAUAACACACUUAGGACUCGUUUAGGAUGCUCGACUACACUGCACUAAAUUGGACUGGACUAUUUUAAGUCCUCCAUUGUAGUCCAACAUCCCAGACGAGCCCUCAUAGAUAGAUAUAAAAACUACAGUCUACAGUGAAUCAACAUGAUCUAGCCGAUUGGUUUCUUAUAAUUCAAAAUCUGUGUAAACUGUGCCGUUUUUUGUCCACAAAUCAAUUGCUUUUCUAAUUAUAAUUUUAUUUUUCUUA